UCCUCGCGGUGUCCCAAGUAAAUUGCGUGUCAGUUCUAAAUAGCAUCCGGCAAAUCUUCGGACAUCUACACGAUCACAUUCGGUGAUCAAGACAAGAGGCAGCAACGACCUAAUAACAAUCUACAGUAGGCUGUUUGAGCUCAAUGAUCUAUCUACAAUGAGGAUCUACCAUAGACCCUACCUUCAGUCUCUUCUGCCUGAUUCUGUGUACAAACACUGCCUCUAUUCCUGCUUCCGAGCAAAGAAGCAAACAGUGACCCACAGUCUCCGAUGUCUGAACAGUGAUGGUCUCACAGCUCAGUCCAUGGUCAAGCAGAACUCAUUGGAAGUGUUGGGUCAGACAUAUUGCCGUGAUGAAUAUACUAACAUCACGCCUAAAAUUCUGUCCAAAGUAGGGCGUAACCUCCAUAAUACUCCACAUCACCCACUGUGGCUUAUUAAGGAGCGCAUUAAGUCACAUUUCUACAGUGCCUACACUGGCCGGUGGGGCAACCCACUCUUCUCUGUUUUUGACAACCUGAAUCCCAUAGUAACUGUGGAACAGAAUUUUGACAGCCUGCUCAUUCCAAAGGACCAUCCGAGUCGCAAGAAAGGGGACAAUUACUAUCUGAACCAAAACACCAUGCUACGAGCACAUACCUCUGCUCAUCAGACAGAGCUGGUUCGUUCAGGGCUGGAUGCCUUUCUGGCCGUUGGAGAUGUUUACCGAAGAGAUGAGAUAGAUGCUAGCCACUACCCAGUGUUCCAUCAGAUGGAGGGAGUACGACUGUUCUCCAAUCAUGAACUAUUUGCAAAGGUGACACAUGGUGAGGAACUGAGUCUGUUUGAAAAAAGAGGUCGACGUACCCCUCAAAAACAGGAGGCUCAUACCCUGGAGGCUGUGAAAUUGGUGGAGUUUAACCUCAAACAGACAUUAACACAUCUGAUCAGACAUCUGUUUGGGGAAGAGUUGGAAAUCCGCUGGGUGGAAUGCUACUUCCCGUUCACCCAUCCCUCUUUUGAAAUGGAGGUGCGUUUCCAGGGCAAAUGGUUGGAGGUGCUCGGGUGUGGAGUGAUGGAACAGGAUUUAGUCCAUUCAGCUGGAGCAGAGGAUAAAAUAGGCUGGGCAUUUGGGUUGGGUUUAGAGAGGCUUGCUAUGGUCCUCUACAGCAUCCCAGACAUUCGUAUCUUUUGGAGCGAGGACGAGCGUUUUCUGAAGCAGUUCUGCCUGCCCAGCAUCGACCAUCCUGUCAUGUUUCAGGCUCUCAGUAAAUACCCUGCCCUGUGGAAUGACAUUUCAUUCUGGCUUCCUGCUGAAAGUUAUGAAGACAAUGACUUCUAUGACCUUGUGAGGAGUAUCGGGGGUGACUUGGUUGAGAAUGUGGCCCUGGUAGACAAGUUUACCCAUCCGAAAACCAAAAGGACAAGUCAUUGCUACCGCAUCAGCUACCGUCAUAUGGAGAGGACUUUAUCACAGGAGGAGGUGCGCGUUGUCCACCAGGCAAUUGAACAGGCUGUCGAACAACAACUGGGGGGUGAAGGGAGGUACUGACUCUCUCUCCAUCCAAUGAGGGCAACAACUUAUUGCAAUGUUUUUGAAAUAUUUAUUUCAUUUUAUUUCAUAAGGUUUAUUGUACAUGUGCUUAACUCCCUGCUGACUCUCUGUCAAGCCCUGAAACUGUUACAGUUUUCUUAAAGGAUAUGUGAUGUAAGCAGAGCUUCAUCAAGAAAAGCCUUUUGCCAUUAGAGAAGGAAAAUUGUGCUCAGGGUGCCUGUGAGCUAGGAAAACUAGUUUUGCUGUGUAGCUGAACUCACAUUCAACAGGCUGAAAUAAAGUACAUCAUUUACUAUUGUGUCUGUUUUUAUAUGAAUGAAUGUUCAGUUUGAUAGUCUUCAUAUUUAACAUUCUGUGAAGUAGUCAUUUCCAGGAUCAGACAGACAUUCUAUUUGUAAAGCAGGUAGAAUUCAACUGGUGGUAACUUUUGGGCAAACAUGACCGCUAA